GCUCCAUUAGAGGACACUCAUUUGCAUCAGAUUAGGGUUACAACUGACAUAUAUUUUGUGGUCUCUCGCUCCCAUUUCGUGCUACCGUCCAAAAGGGAUUUGUAUACAAAGAUUCUGGCUGAGUAUCUUUCCGAUAAAUUGAGUAGUGUCCCAGAAGUUGAGCAGCCGACUGUCAUUCAUCAAAUUUUUCGGGCAGUUGAACUGGCUGACAUCCCUGGGGUGCCUGUUACUGGCAUCUUAAUGGAUGCGACUAUCCGCUUAUAUGACAAUGAUGAGACUAUUGUGGAGUGGAUUGCACCAGAUUCGUUACAAAGAUUUUUGCCUGGGCUUAUGCCUGCAACCAAGUCAUCCAUUGAAGGUUUGGAGAAAGUGAGACUUGAGAGUUUGGAAGCUACUGUUAGACUGACGCAUUGUGUUAUUUGUAAAGAGGGACUUGAUCACUUUGAUGAUGAUGUGGAAGAAGGCCUUGUUACUCGCUUGCCGUGCUCGCACCUUUAUCAUGGAGAUUGCAUUGUCCAGUGGCUCGAGACGAGCAACUUGUGUCCAUUGUGCCGGUACCCAAUGCCAGUUAUGGAAGAGGAAGAGCAGCCAUCGAAACCCUCAGGAGCGCGACUGAGUUGGCCUGUGCUGCUUACAGUGUCUGCUGGUGGUAUAAUAGCUGCCGUGCUGCUUUGCAGACUGUUGAAGCGAAGUUAAGCAGGUGUCAAAAGGUUUCGUACAUUAAUUGAAGCCUGUUAUCUUUGGUAUCACAUAUAUAUAUUAUAUCAUGUUAUGAAUUUAGUUAGUUUAGUAGAACUUGUCAGAGUUCGAAUUCCAAGUUGGAUAGGGA